AAUAACGCGUUCGAACUAGUCCACAUUCAUUUCUCCAUAUAAGCAUGGGAAAGCUUAGGACAGACUAAAAUAUUUGUGGUUGCUCCCUCACGUUUUUAUAUAAGGGAAAGAGGGAGGAAAGCAAAGUUCACCGAUCAGGUGAAGCAAAAGGAAGAAGAAAGAGAGUUGGAAGCGUGAGGGAUGGAUGUGGAAUGGAGGAAAUGGUACCUGGACGUGAUGCUUGUGCCCUUGGGGUUCCUGGCGAUGAUUGCUUACCAUGUCUGGUUAUGGCACCAGGUUCGCACCCACCCUCUCUCCACCAUUAUCGGCACUAAUGCUCGCGCCCGCCGCUUCUGGGUUUCUGCCAUGAUCAAGGACAACGAGAAGAAGAACAUACUAGCGGUGCAAUCACUGAGGAACAUGAUAAUGGGGUCGACAUUGAUGGCAACGACAUCGAUCCUUCUAAGCACGGGAUUGGCGGCGGUGAUUAGCAGCACGUACAGUGUGAAGAAGCCUUUGAAUGAUGCGGUUUACGGGGCACAUGGGGACUUCACGGUGGCCCUCAAAUAUGUCACUCUCCUCACCCUCUUCCUCUUCUCCUUCCUUUGCCACUCCCUCUCCAUCUGUUUCAUCAGCCAAGUCAACAUCCUCAUCAACUGCCCCCAGGAUAGUGAUGGGGCAGUGUUGCCGGAGUAUGUGAUGGAGCUGCUAGAGAAGGGAUUCGUGCUCAACACCAUCGGGAACCGCCUCUUCUACGCGGGCCUGCCGCUGCUGCUGUGGAUAUUUGGGCCAGUCCUUGUCUUCCUAUUCUCUCUCACUCUCGUCCCCAUCCUCUACAACCUUGAUUUUGUCUUCCUCAAAUCAGAUCACUCCAAGCCCAAAUCCAUCAGCAAUACUAGCACCACAAACGGAACCAUCACCAGCACCAGCAUCCACUUUGUUUGACCCAACCUUUCCAAUUAAUCCUACUCUAUAUGGAAAGAUUGGACUUAUGUGCUCAUCAUGUGUAUAUGUAGGAGUUACAAGCUUGUUACAUGUCAUCCUGCCUCCAUGUUGAGUUGUUCCCCUCAUUUCUCUAGCAUUUCAGAGUACAAAUCCGCCGCUUAACAUAUGUCCAACUAUAUAUCUACUCGCCAUUUAUUCGAAAGAAAAACCAUUAU